AUGGAGCGAAUAAAACGACAAUUAGACGACAUUGUUGAUGUUAAUAAUAACAACAAAAAACAAAAAAUAUUCGCAACAACAAAUCAAUUUAAUUUCGAAAAUUUAGCAAAUGAAAUAAUCUAUGACAUAUUUGAAUACCUUGACGUUUACGAUAUUUAUUAUGGAUUCUAUCAUCUUAAUAAACGAUUUAAAAACUUAACUAUUUAUUCAAAUCUUCAUUGUCAGGUUGAUAUUUCAACAAUGUCAAAAUCAAAUUUUGAAUCUUAUUAUGAAGAUAUUAUUAAACCAAAUAAAAACCGGAUAAAAAUUCUUCGUUUAUCCAAUCCAUUUACGAUUGAUCUUAUUUUUUCUCCACCACGUGUUAUUUAUAUCUUAAUAACAUUCUUGAAACAUUUAAUUUAUUUACCAAAGUUACAUUCAUUAACUGUUUCGACUAUUGAUAACAUACCAAAUCCAAGUUCCAUUUUUAUUCAAAUAUUUCAAUUAACAAAAUUCAAAUAUUGUAAAAUAAAACACAAUGAAGAUGGAUCACCGAUAAAUUUUGACGAAUGCAAACAAAGUUCUAUCGAACAUCUUAUAAUUGAUAGUCCUUUUCGAUAUGAAUUAUUCAAUAAAUUAUUAACUUGUCUUCCAAAACUACGUCAUUUGUCAAUUAAUUAUCUUACUGGAUCGAAUUAUUCCGAGAUAGAUUUCUAUCCAAUUCUAUUAAAAGAUUUAAAAUCUGUCUCGUUUGGAAUUUAUUCGGUUCAUUUCGAAGAAUUUAAAAAGUUAACAGAAAACUUUUUUAAUUCUAUUGAAAGUUUACGCAUUUCAACACAUAAUAAUUCAUCAUAUUCACAUGCAAAACAAUGGGAAGAAUUAAUUUCUUCUUCAAUGCCAAAUUUACGUAGUUUUGAUUUACAAAAUCAUUAUGCUGGAGCAAUGCAAAAAUUCUUGUAUAGUUGUUUAGGUGGUAAAUUUGGAUCAAAAUUUUGGACUGAAAAGCAAUGGUUUUUUAAAAACCAAGAUGGUGACCAUAAAAGUUCAGAUAAUGGACUUUUUUUUUCAAUAAAUCCAUAUCGAAAAUAUCAUACAUUUCAUUGGCACUCCGAUCACUACAAUGCUUUCCGUUCUCGAAGAAUUAUUUUCAAAUCGGUUAAACAUCUUUAUAUUUGUGGUAAACAAGCUAUAAACAAUUCUGUUAGUUAUUUUCCAAAUGUAACCGAAUUAACAAUUAAAGAUUAUGCGAGAAUAUAUUGUGGUUCAAUGUUAGCAGCUCUUAAUGAAAUGAUUCCUUUAAAACAACUUAACAAAUUGACUAUUGAUUGUAAUGAUUUUCCGAUUAACAAACUUGUGAAUUUAUUAAGUUUAACACCUAAUUUACGUACAUUAAAAUGGAAUUUUCAAUCUGUUGAUCACCCACAAUUGAAAUUAAUUCAACAAAGUGAAACUUUUCGAUCUGUAUCACGUACAAAUAAAAUUCAAAAUUCAAAAUUUGGAAAUUGCUCAUUGUUGUACAUUAUACGAAAUUUAUUUUCUUGUUGA